UUGUUUUAAAUGGGUCGAAUCUAUGUAUUAUUUGGUUUGGUUGAAUAGUGAAUAUUUUUUUACCUCAGCUGCAUUACCCACUCCAGUCAGCAGAUGGCAACGUGUGUAUGUUAUGUCGGGGGAUGCUGUGUGACGUAUAAACCAGUGGACGGACGGUACGCUUUUUUGUUCAAAACAAGCCUGGUAAGGGUGAACUUGGGCAACUUGCUAAACAUUGUCGAAUUCGAGAAACGUUCUGUAUAUAUUAGACACAGUUUUUUUUAACACACGCGCAUGUCUACGUGUUAACCUGUUUUAUUCCACAUAGUUAGCUAGCUAUCUUAGCUAAUGCUAAACAUCUAAUGCUAUCUAGCUAGCUAACAUCCCCGACCAUGAGCUCACUAAGCUACUCCCCCACCUUCUAAAGAAGAGGAGGUCUGUUGGACGGAGAAAGAAGCUCCCGUGAAAGAGAAGGAAGAGGAAGCUGUUACGUUGUUUGUCGGGUAGGUGGCUUGCUAAGUUAGAAUUAACCUUAGGUUAGUUGCUAAUGCUAUCUACCUAGCUAACAUCCCCGACCAUGACCUCACUAAGCUACUCCCUCACUUCUAAAGAAGAAGAGGUCAGCUGGCCGGAUAAAGAAGCUCUGGGGCUGAACAUUAUCGUAAAAGAAGAAGAAGAAGAGGAGGAUUUUACAGUGAAAGGACAGGAAGGUGAAGAAGAAGAUGCCGUGUUUGGAGUGAAGAAGGAGAAGGAGGCUGUCACAGUGAAAGAAGAGGAGGAAGAUUUCAAAAUAAUGAAGGAGGAAGAGGAGGCUAUUACAUUGAAAGAAGAAGUUAUAGUGAAAGAAGAGGAAGAACCUUUUAGAGUGGAUGAGGAAGAGGAGGAUAUCUCAAUAAAAGAGGAAGAUGUCUUGGGAGUGGAGGAGGAGCUUGAGACUGAAGAUCUGAUUGAUACCAGAGAGAGACCAGAUUCUAACUCUGACAGUGGGAAGAGUUCUUCAGUGGCACCAGACUCCGAGACGCCCAAACCAGCAAGACAACAUCACUGCUCCCACUGUGGAAAGAGUUUUUGGUGGUUAGGGCACCUUAGACACCAUAAGAGAACACACACAGGGGAGAAGCCCUACCAAUGCUCCCAGUGUGGAAAGAGAUUUACCAUGUUAGGGAACCUGAAACAGCAUGAGAGGACACACACUGCAGAAAGGCCUUUCAAAUGUUCCAAGUGUGGAAAGAGUUUUACAUGGUUAAGGUACCUGAAUAAGCAUGAGGAAAUACACCUAGUAGGGAGGAAGACCUGCCAAUGCUCUCAGUGUGGAAAGAGAUUUACUACGUUGGGGUACCUGAAAACACACAAGAGAAUACACUCCGGAGAGAAGCCUUACCAAUGCUCCCAAUGUGGAAUGACUUAUAACCAGUUAGGGAACCUGAAAUCACAUGAGAGAAUACACACGGGAGAAAAGCCCUUCCAGUGCUCCCAGUGUGGAAAGAGAUUUACUGGUUCAAAGAACCUGAAAUUGCAUGUGAGAAUACAUCGAGAUAAACAUACAAAUACACAGGAGGGGAAGGAGGAGGAGGAGAAGACAUACCACUGCUCUAAUUGCGGAAAGACAUUUUCCCAGUCAGAGGACCUGAAAUCACAUGAGAGAAUAGAGAGGCUGUGUUCCGACUUGUGUUUUUGACUUAGAAUGUGUUUUUUCUUCAAGCCACAUGAAAUCAUAUUGUACACUGAGUACACCAAACAUUAGGAUCACCUUCCUAAUAUUGAGUUGCACCCCCCCCCCCAUUUUGCCCUCAGAACAGCCUCCAUUCAUCGGGGCAUGGACUACAAGAUGUUGAAAGCCUUCUACA